AUGUCGUCAUCGGUGCUGCGUGGCGCCUCUCGUCUGACAAAGACAACGCAUGUUUUUGCCGUGCACACAAUUCCGCUCAAGUGCGACGUCUACGCCGCCGAAGACUACCCAGCCACCUCCCCGAUUUUUCUAUACUUUCAUCCCGGUGGGCUGGUUUGCGGCUCCAGGUCAUGCGUGCCACCCUGGCUAGUACAGGUCUGCUACAAAAAUAAAUGGCCACUCGUCAGCGCAAGCUACCGUAUGCUUCCGCAGGCGAAGGCGUCCGGCUUGCUUGAUGAUGCCCGGGCAGCUUAUAAGUUCGCGACGCAAUGGGGGGUCAAAUCCAACGGCCCCUCUACCGAACGUAAAGCUAUUGUUGGCGGUGGAAGUGCUGGUUUCUUCAUGGCCUCCCUGACCGCUCACCAUCUUACCCCGCCCCCCAUUGCGUUGAUGUCAAUCACGGGCAUCACCACCUUCCGCCAUCACUUUUUCAACUCCUCUGUAUUGCUGACACCGGAGCCUAUUGUCGAAGCACAAAUGGCACACCACUUAUCGGCACCAGAGUCUGUAGGAACCACCUCGGCCAAUGAUCCGCGCGUCUUUGACCUCGACAAGCUACUGCCCGAUGGUGCCAAAAACACCAAAUUCAACCCCCCCAUUGUCCCCAUUUCCGAGGAUGGAAAUGCCGACGAGUUUCCCCGAGGCUGUUUAUACGACUACUACUUGUACAGGAACGAAUUUGUUGACCUUGUUGGAGACAUUGAUCCUGGUUACGAGUGGGCCAAAUCCGGUGACUCAAAAGACCGGAUUGGAGCAUGGCCGCCCACGACCAUCAUUCAAGGCGAUGCAGACCCUGAUGUUGAUCUGGCUGUCAGUACCCACAUGGUUGACUGCUUAGGGGAAGACAAAGUCAAGCUUUUCCUCGCCAAAGGUCAAGACCAUCUCUUUGAAGCAACGAGAUUCCUCGAGGACAAUGUCGACGGAAUGGAUGCAGUCAGGCAGGCCGUCGCCAACCUGGAGUCUGAUGUCGUCCGGGCCCUAUAG